CCGCUGGUCCAGUAGCUCCGGCGAGCUGUGCGGGCCCAGCAGUUUUAUCAGCGCUGUCGAGGGAUGAAAAUAGAUGUGCCUGGAAGCAGAUGUUUCAGUUUCUCUGCAUAACAUCUUUUGCCAUACUGUAUGAUACACGCAUCUUGGUCCACCAUGGCAGUAGCAGCAGUAACAUGGGCACUAUCAAACAGAACUGUCCUGAAACAUUUCUUAUCAAUUCGAAAUGGAGUUUUAUACAGUGUUUGUCAUAAAUCGACACCGCCUCUCCCAGAUGACUAUAAUUGCAAGGUAGAGCUUGCUUUGACAUCAGAUGGCAGGACAAUAGUAUGCUACCACCCUUCUGUGGACAUUCCAUAUGAACAUACAAAACCUAUUCCUCGGCCAGAUCCUAUACAUAACAGUGAAGAAACACAUGAUCAUGUGCUGAAAACUAGAUUAGAAGUGAAAGAUGAGUCCCAUAAACAACAAGGACCUAUGAUAGAACAACUUAGCAAAAUGUUCUUUACUACGAAGCACUGUUGGUAUCCUCAUGGGCAGUAUCACAGACGUCGUAAGAAAUUGAAUCCUCCGAAAGACAGGUGAUUUUGAGGUUCUCAUUAGGAAUCGUAGAGAAAUAUUGCCUUUUGCCUCAUUUGCCACUUGAGAAAAAUAUCCGAUGUAGUCCCUACUAUGUUAUAAAUAAACUAAUUAAAAAAAACAUUU